AUGUCCGCUCUCACCAUGGCCACUCACGCUUCCAUACAAGACCGCACGCCCGAGUUCCGCAGCAUCCUCGCACAAGCACAGAAGUCCCUCGCGCGGCAACGGAAAGCAGGCGGUGCGCAAGCACAACCACGACUACAGCAACAAAAUGGCCAAGCGACACCACCCACGAGGAAACAGCGCUCGGAAUUCGCGCGCAAUGCCGCAGCGAUUGGACGUGGCAUCUCCGCCACAAUGGGCAAGCUACAGAGGCUGGGAGAGCUGGCGAAGCGGAAGACGCUGUUUGACGACCGGCCUGUCGAGAUUGCGGAACUCACAUACGUGGUUAAGCAAGAUCUGGCGGGUCUGAACCAGCAGAUCGGGCAAUUGCAGCAAACGCAGAGGCAGACGAACCAAGGCAAGCAGGUGGAUCAAGAAGGAGAACACAACAAGAACGUGGUCGUCCUACUACAAGGACGCCUAGCCGAUGUUGGCGCGAACUUCAAAGAAGUGCUCGAAGUACGAACGAAGAACAUCCAAGCGAGCAGAAGCCGACAAGACAACUUCGUCAGCAGCGUAUCGCAGCAAUCGCACCUCGGCGACGGGCCCGGCAGGACAGAUUCCCCUUUAUACGCAACACCACAACGAGGACCAAGUCCGAAGCCACCACAAUCGAACGGCGCAGACGUCCUAUCCCUCGACCCUUCCUCCGAUCGUUCCGCGUUAUACUCAAGUGGUGGAGGCCAAGCAUCGCAGCAGCAACUGCAACUCAUGGAAGAAGGCAGCUCCUCCAACACAUACAUCCAACAGCGAGGCGAAGCAAUAGAAGCCAUCGAACGCACAAUCUCCGAACUCGGCGGCAUCUUCGGACAACUCGCGCAAAUGGUUAGCGAACAGGCCGAGCAAAUCCAACGAAUCGACGCCAAUACCGACGAUGUGGUGGAUAACGUCGAAGGCGCACAACGAGAGUUGAUGAAGUACUGGAGCAGAGUGCAAGGCAACAGGUGGCUGGUGGCCAAGAUGUUUGGCGUGCUGAUGAUAUUCUUCCUGCUUUGGGUUUUGAUCGCUGGGUAG